CCAUCGGCGUCGCGCGGGGAGCUCCAUCCGGGGCCUUGGCGCUCCUGUUCCCUCCUUUCGCGCCGCCGGCUGCCUCCGAGGAGCGGCGGGGUCCAUGUGCGCAGAGGGCCUCCUCCUCCUCCUCCUCCUCGCCUAGCCUUCCUCUUUCGGGCCCCGCGGCGACGGCGGCCGCCAUGGACCCCAACACUAUAAUCGAGGCCCUGCGGGGCACCAUGGACUCCACGCUGCGGGAGACGGCCGAGAGGCAGCUCAACGAGGCUCACAAGUCAGUGACCUUUGUUUCAACUCUUCUUCAAAUCACUAUGUCAGAUCAACUGGAUUUACCAGUGAGACAAGCAGGUGUUAUCUACUUGAAGAAUAUGAUAACCCAGUAUUGGCCAGAUCGGGAAACUACUCCAGGGGACAUCCCACCUUACUCAAUACCAGAAGAAGAUAGACACUGUAUUCGUGAAAAUAUUGUAGAAGCCAUUAUUCAUUCUCCUGAGUUGAUUAGAGUACAACUUACUACUUGCAUUCAUCAUAUUAUCAAGCAUGAUUAUCCCAAUCGUUGGACUGCAGUUGUAGAGAAAAUUGGGUUUUAUCUUCAGUCUGAUAAUAGCGCCUGUUGGCUUGGAAUCCUUCUCUGUCUUUAUCAACUUGUGAAGAACUAUGAAUAUAAGAAACCAGAGGAGCGCACUCCUUUGAUAGCAGCAAUGCAACAUUUCUUGCCUGUUCUGAAAGAUCGUUUUAUUCAGCUCCUUCCUGAUUCAUCUGAUCAAUCUGUCCUUAUCCAAAAACAGAUCUUCAAAAUCUUCUAUGCUCUUGUUCAGUACACUUUACCCUUGGAGUUGAUCAAUCAACAAAAUCUAGCAGAAUGGAUAGAAAUAUUGAAGACAGUUGUAGAUCGAGAUGUACCAGCUGAAACCCUACAAGUUGAUGAAGAUGAUAGACCUGAAUUGCCGUGGUGGAAAUGUAAGAAAUGGGCAUUGCAUAUCUUGGCUAGACUUUUUGAAAGGUAUGGCAGCCCUGGUAAUGUUUCCAAGGAAUACAAUGAAUUUGCUGAAGUUUUCUUAAAAGCAUUUGCUGUUGGUGUUCAGCAGGUUUUGCUGAAGGUAUUAUAUCAAUAUAAGGAAAAGCAGUACAUGGCUCCUAGAGUUCUACAGCAAACACUGAACUACAUUAAUCAGGGUGUGUCGCAUGCAGUCACUUGGAAGAAUUUGAAGCCCCAUAUCCAAGGGAUUAUCCAAGAUGUUAUCUUCCCAUUGAUGUGCUACACAGAUGCUGAUGAAGAGCUGUGGCAGGAAGAUCCUUAUGAAUAUAUACGCAUGAAGUUUGAUGUGUUUGAAGACUUCAUUUCCCCAACAACUGCUGCACAGACAUUAUUGUUUACAGCAUGUGGUAAAAGGAAAGAGGUUUUGCAAAAGACGAUGGGCUUUUGUUAUCAGAUUCUUACAGAACCAAAUGCUGAUCCUCGUAAAAAAGAUGGAGCAUUGCAUAUGAUUGGUUCUUUGGCUGAAAUACUCUUGAAAAAAAAGAUAUACAAAGAUCAAAUGGAAUACAUGCUGCAGAACCAUGUGUUUCCUCUCUUCAGCAAUGAACUGGGUUACAUGAGAGCCCGGGCUUGCUGGGUUCUUCACUAUUUCUGUGAAGUUAAGUUUAAAAGUGAUCAAAAUCUGCAGACAGCACUUGAGCUCACAAGAAGAUGCCUAAUUGAUGACAGAGAAAUGCCUGUCAAGGUGGAAGCUGCCAUAGCGCUACAGGUUUUGAUUAGUAAUCAGGAGAGAGCUAAGGAGUAUAUUACUCCAUUCAUUCGACCUGUGAUGCAGGCUCUUCUUCAUAUUAUUAGAGAGACUGAGAAUGAUGACCUUACCAAUGUAAUUCAGAAAAUGAUCUGUGAAUACAGUGAAGAGGUUACUCCUAUAGCAGUAGAGAUGACCCAGCAUUUGGCAAUGACUUUUAACCAGGUAAUUCAGACAGGACCAGAUGAAGAAGGCAGUGAUGAUAAAGCAGUAACAGCUAUGGGCAUCUUGAAUACAAUUGAUACACUCCUCAGUGUAGUUGAAGAUCACAAAGAGAUUACCCAGCAGUUAGAAGGUAUCUGUUUGCAAGUAAUUGGAACUGUUUUGCAACAGCAUGUUUUAGAAUUUUAUGAGGAAAUCUUCUCUUUGGCUCACAGUCUGACCUGUCAGCAGGUUUCAGCACAGAUGUGGCAGCUUUUGCCAUUAGUAUUUGAAGUUUUUCAACAGGAUGGCUUUGAUUACUUUACAGAUAUGAUGCCGCUGUUGCAUAACUAUGUAACUGUCGAUACAGAUACAUUGCUGUCUGACACAAAGUAUCUAGAAAUGAUCUACAGUAUGUGCAAAAAGGUCCUUACAGGUGUAGCAGGAGAAGAUGCAGAAUGUCAUGCAGCAAAACUGUUAGAGGUGAUCAUUUUACAGUGUAAAGGUCGUGGCAUAGAUCAGUGUAUACCUUUAUUUGUGGAAGCUGCUUUAGAGCGAUUGACCAGAGAAGUUAAAACAAGUGAACUGAGAACAAUGUGCCUCCAGGUUGCCAUAGCUGCUCUAUAUUACAAUCCUCAUCUACUUCUGAACACAUUGGAAAAUCUUCGCUUCCCCAAUAAUGUGGAACCUGUUACAAAUCAUUUCAUUACGCAGUGGCUUAAUGAUGUUGAUUGCUUUUUGGGACUUCAUGAUAGAAAAAUGUGUGUUCUAGGCUUGUGUGCUCUUAUUGAUCUGGAGCAGAUACCACAGGUUCUAAAUCAGGUUUCAGGCCAGAUCCUGCCAGCUUUCAUCCUUUUAUUUAAUGGCUUGAAAAGAGCAUAUGCUUGCCAUGCAGAACAUGAAAAUGAUAGUGAUGAUGAUGAAGAAGCAGAAGAAGAUGAGGAAGCAGAGGAGCUUGGGAGUGAUGAAGAUGAUAUCGAUGAAGAUGGACAAGAAUAUUUAGAGAUUUUGGCAAAGCGGGCUGGAGAAGAUGGAGAUGAUGAAGACUGGGAAGAAGAUGACGCAGAAGAGACUGCUUUGGAGGGCUAUUCAACAAUUAUUGAUGAUGAAGACAACCCUGUAGAUGAGUACCAGAUAUUUAAAGCAAUUUUUCAGACAAUUCAAAAUCGUAACCCUGUGUGGUACCAAGCAUUGACACGUGGUCUUAAUGAAGAACAAAGAAAACAGUUACAGGACAUAGCAACUUUAGCAGAUCAACGGAGAGCAGCCCAUGAAUCCAAAAUGAUUGAAAAGCAUGGUGGAUAUAAGUUCAAUGCUCCAGUUGUGCCAAGUUCAUUCAAUUUUGGUGGUCCAGCCCCAGGAAUGAAUUGAAUUAUCACUACUUUUCCUCCUACUGUGUGAUUGUAGUGAAGAGCUUGUGUUCCUCCCAAUAUAGUGGUUCCAGAACUGGUUCAUGUUAUCUACAGCUCACUCUAAAUGAAUUGGUAGAUUGAACAUUUAAAAAAGAAAAACCAACCCAGGAAGUGGGACUUGAUCAUGCAACCUAAUACUGGAAAGAAGGGUUUAUGAAGAUAGGAAGAACCUGACACUUGAGCUUCAAAUGACACGCUGUGGAAAUCAAAAAUCAAGAGGGAAUGUCAUGAAGGCAGCUUCCUUUCUAUGAAGAAAAAAAGGCAUUGGCUGCAGGACUGUUGGAAAGGUCUCAUUUACAGUACAAAAGCUAGAAGGCCAAUUUAAUUUUUACACCUGUGGGACUAUUUGCCCAAUCUUUUCCCCUUUACCUCCUCCCUGCUGGGUAUCUAUUCUUCUAAUGUACAUAAAGGUAAUUGGAUAGCCUUACUUAACACUUCCAUCAUUUCCAUUUAUCAGGUUUGUUCAUAUGUAGAAUAUCGGACACUUAUUGUAGCACUACAUAACUGAUUUAAAUCUGUAAAUGAUUUAGCACUUUCAUAUUGAAACAAGCCUGCUAGCCUAUGUACAAAAAUAGCAAAUUGUUUGUUUAUAAAAAAGGGAUGUUCUGGGGAAAAUUUCAGGUUAUUAAUUUAAAACUAGCAGUUUUGUACCUGGUGACUUUGUGGUGCAGUCACCACUGGUUGUGACUUGAAUUUGGUUAUUUAAAAAGGGGUUAGUGGUAUUUCAUUGCUGCUAAAAAAGAAAAAAAAAUGGCAACACCCUCUGUGUCCUUUGUUUUUUUCUCUCAAAGCUGUCAAUGUACAAAUGAAAAUUUGAAUACAGAAACCUUCAUGUUUGAGAUGGGAGUUCAUUUUCUCAGCAGCAUGUGAAAUCUGACAUGAAGUUCUGUUUUUACAGGAGUGUAUUUUGAAGUGUGGCAGUGAAACAUCUACGUAGGCAGUUAUUAAAAAUAAUUUGGCUAACUUGGGUUGGAUCAGAAGUUUUGUUCCUGUAUUUGGGAAUACUGUAUGUUUAUUCUCAUCCUGUUGUUCCUUUUCCAGCACCUGGGUGAGGGUUUUAACAUCUGCUCCACCCACAUCUAUAAAAAUUGACAUUUUUUUGUUUGCCUGAGCCAGCUAAGACAGUGAUCCAGUUCAGACAAUCAUUCUGGUUUAGAAAGCCAAGAUAAAAGUGUGGCACACAUGUGCGGCACCUUUGAGCAAGCCACAUUUAGCUGGGAAGACUCUUAAAUUACCUAGCGAUUACUGUUUCAUGAGUAUCAAGGAACUUUGGUUUGGAACAAGCCAGAAUUCUGAAAUCAUUUAUGUGGUUUAAACUCCCUAGUUUCUUGAAAACGUAACCAAAAUUUCCUAGCCUACAUGAACAGGAUUCUAUAGAGAAGCCUGGCAUAAUUGUUGCUUGUACAAAGGGACUGUGUGUACAAAGAAAAGGCUGACUGGUAUUGUGGCUUAUUAAAACAGAUAUGAUAAUCUGAAAUGGCUUUAGGGUUACCAAGUCCCAUUUUUGAAGCAACCAUUCUUUCUCCCUUGCUAUAGUCCAGGUAUAAGUAGCUAGCAUUUUAACUAGAAGAACAAUGAACUUCCCCCCUACUGGGACCACUAUUAAAAUGAUUCUAGGAAGAAGCCAACACCAAAAUGAUGCGACUCUGCUUAAUGCCCCAUCUACAAAAUAAAUAUGAAAAUAAAAUCUUAAAUGCUGAA